ACUUUGACAAUAAUACACGUCUAAUUCUAUACAAACCCUCAGUUUAUCCAUCCAUAAUGCGGUUCUACGGCUUCUUCAUCUUCGUCGCCUGCCUCGCAUCUUCUGUGAUGGCCGACACGUACGGUACUACUCCUCUUGCGGCAUCUGAAGUCUAUGUAUGCGAACAUACUGGGUUUGGAGGAGCCUGCAGACAUCUCGGCGCCCCUCUAGGCGCAUGCCAGAAUAUUCCUGCGGACUUCAACCAUAAGGUUUCUGCUGUUCAGCCUAACCAGGCGGCUGGCGUAUGCCGCUUCUACGAUGAUUUCAAUUGCGAGGGCAACAGCUUCAUCUCAGCGUAUCCCGGGGUUAGCAAUAUUCCCCAAGUGUAUCCUUCGUUCAACGACAGGGUCAUCUCGUUCCAAUGCAUCUAGACAUGUUGAAUAGACUUAUCGUGGCUGGAAAGAGAGAUUCCAUCGAAAGAAUCAUUGGUAUAUCAUGUAGCAUCAGUCUUGCCGUGAUGUUUCCGUGUCGGCGAAUCAACGGUGGCGGGCCUCAGAUGCUUGGAACAGUAGGAGAAUUUCUUCUUUAGCUUCGCGACUCUUGCCAAGGCUAGCUAGCUUAAUACCAGCUUCGACACCAUCAUCU